AUGUCAUUUGCCUCUCAGGAACAGCAUCAGCUUCCUACUCCCUCUGAUACACCCAAGGCAAUGGAGCAAGACGAACCUUUGCCAGUUUCGUACCCCCACCAUUCGACCACCUGGACCCCGGUCGAUGGCGUGACUCCAAUCUCAACCAAUCCGUCGAGAAAGCGUUCUCGUGACGAGACUGCGUUCGACGUCGAAGCGGACGGCUCUUAUUUCGCGUCGGUCGACACCCCGGCUCCGAUCCCCGAAGAAGAACCGAUUUAUGGGGAGGGAAUGGUCUUACUCAAUCCAAAGACAGGCUUGUCGGUGUCGGCGGAGAGCCAGACGGGCACAUGGUACGAAGAGAAGGCAGAUGAAAAGGCACUCAAGGAAGAGAUUGUUGCGGCGUACACUCGGCCCAAGUUGCCGACCAGCCGCAAAUCAGUCAGGCUGUCUCAGACCUCGCUGCGCCUACCAAUCGAGACCAACAUCGCCUCUGCGCCGGCUAGUCCACCAAAGACUGCCGCAGAUCGACCUGAGUUUGACGAGGCGACCAUUGCGCUCGGUGUCGGGUGGACCAAGAUGGAGUCGGAAAGCGAAUCAAUGCAGGCCGCUGCCAGAGGCUGGGCAAAGUAUCUGGACAACCACUAUUCUAGGUAUAUUCACGGCGCACAAAUUCUCCUCAAGAAUGCAGGACUCGACGCCUACCUUGUCGGCUGCCAGGAAGGUUUCUUCCUCUUCAGUGAAAGCCUGUUGGAAGGCAAACUGGUCGGCAGAACGUGGGAUACGUGCCUGCACAAUCUCAAAUGCCAACCUAUGGUUUUUGAAGGGGAUGAGGUAUUGCGAGCCGAAAGUACACCAGGCCCGGAGAGUGUUCAGCCGCAGUCGUCUGAGACGGUGCAGAUGCAGAACUGGGCAGACUAUCAUCGGCUGAAUCAAACCCCACCAGUCGUUGUCCCCGGCGGCGGUAUGGAUCUCGACUGA